GUAGCGUCAGGAUUGCGUCAAUUUGGGUUUCAACCACGUCUUCAGUCUCGGAGCAGAGCUACUCAGAAGAGCCAAAACAGGGAGGGGGUUGCAAAUCAGUGUGCAAAGGGGAGGACCGAAGCUUCCCCUCCCCCGUCUUCUCCAGCCCCCUCUCAGCCUCCUUCUCCACCUUCCCCACUGCUCUUGUGUCUGGGUUUUGUUUUUUUGGUUGUUGUUUUCCCUUUUUCUUAAGAAAAAAAAAAAAAAAAGCCCUCACUGGAAAAGACGGUUGCCCGGCAGCUGUGAGAGCGGAAAGCCGCGGAGCAGCAGGGCAGGGCUUUCUGCUCCCCGAGCAGGUCGCUCGGCACACGACGAGGAGACUUCCGCGUCCCGGACAGCGUCUCCAGCACCGCGGACAGCGUCUCCAGCACCGCGGACAGCGUCUCCAGCACCGCGGACAGUGUCUCCAGCACAGCGGACAGCGCACACCGCCAACAUGGCUCCAAUCGCUGCCAGCCGGCAGCAGUUCGAUGAAAUUCCUACAGUGGUUGGGAUCUUUAGUGCGUUUGGCCUUGUCUUCUCUGUCUCCCUUUUUGCUUGGAUCUGCUGUCAACGUAAAUCUUCCAAAUCCAAUAAGACCCCUCCAUAUAAGUUUGUCCAUGUUCUGAAGGGGGUUGAUAUUUACCCUGAGAAUCUCAACAGUAAGAAGAAGUUUGGAGCAGAUGAUAAAAGUGAAACAAAGAACAAAUCAGCAAUGCCAAAGAAUUCUCUCCAUCUUGACCUGGAGAAGAGAGAUCUGAAUGGCAAUUUCCCCAAAACAACCCCUAAAAACCAGAGCUCACCAGAUCUUGACAAUUUGUCUCCUAAGCACUUUGCAGAGAGGAAGAAAGAUUCAGUAUCCCCUGAUAGUUUAAAAUCCAUCACUUCCCUGUCAUCUGAAGAUAAACAAGACAAGCUAGGAACUCUCUUCUUCUCCUUAGAGUACAACUUUGAGAAAAAGGCAUUUGUAGUGAACAUCAAAGAAGCACGUGGCCUGCCAGCAAUGGAUGAACAGUCAAUGACUUCUGACCCCUACAUCAAAAUGACAAUCCUGCCUGAGAAAAAGCACAAGGUGAAAACCAGAGUGCUGAGAAAAACCUUAGAUCCAGCUUUUGAUGAGACCUUCACGUUUUAUGGAAUCCCCUAUACCCAAAUUCAAGACCUAACGCUUCACUUUAUGAUCCUGAGCUUUGACAGGUUUUCCAGAGAUGAUGUCAUUGGAGAAGUCCUCAUUCCACUCGCAGGAAUUGAAUUGUCAGAAGGAAGGCUGCUAAUGGACAGAGAGAUCAUCAAAAGAAAUGUUAGGAAGUCAUCUGGGCGUGGAGAAUUACUGAUCUCUCUCUGUUAUCAGUCUACAACAAACACGCUCACUGUGGUUGUUUUAAAAGCCAGGCAUCUACCUAAAUCUGAUGUGUCAGGAUUAUCAGAUCCUUAUGUGAAAGUGAACUUGUACCAUGCUAAGAAGAGAAUUUCUAAGAAGAAAACUCAUGUGAAGAAAUGCACGCCCAAUGCCGUGUUCAAUGAAUUGUUUGUUUUUGACAUUCCUUGUGAGGGCCUUGAUGAUAUCAGUAUUGAAUUUUUGGUUUUAGAUUCGGAUAGGGGGUCAAGGAAUGAGGUUAUUGGCCGGUUAACAUUGGGGUCUUCAGCAGAAGGAACAGGUGGAGAGCACUGGAAAGAAAUUUGUGAAUAUCCCAGGAGACAAAUUGCCAAAUGGCAUAUGUUGUGUGAUGGUUAGCAGCUUAGAGAGGGGUUGGAACUUAAAAAUAUAUUUCCAUAGGCAAGGAGCAAUUUUCUUUCUUUGCUAUAUAUACUUACAGGCUUGUAACUACAAGACUUUUUUUUUUUGGGGGGGGGGAGGGCAAUAAAAAUUGGAUUGAAUUAUCAAAACAGAAGGUAACUAAAUUUUCACAGUAAAUAAAGGACUUUCGGUUUCAUUAGACUUUAACAUAAUUGGAUUAGAUUCAAAUUCUUCUGGAGUUUAAGUAGUCUGAAACUUCUGAAGCAGUGUAAACUACAAGAACAGAACAUGUUUUACUAUAAAGUACAACCUUAUUAGUACCAUAAAAGAAACAUUAUUAGUACUGUUAUACAGAAGAAGAUAACCUCAUUAAAAUAUAUUGCUAGACCUAAAAUUCCACCUGUGGCUUUCUGGGGAAAGGGACUGAGUUUAUAAAAGCCAUGGGGGAUGAGGGUGACCAGGAGGGGAAUUUCUUCUGUCCCUCCAUCAAAAACCUUCUUUUAUGAAAAUUCAAUCAUUAUUUUAAGUUUUGGUCACUUGUACUUUGAUCAUCCCAAAGACUGAAGAGAUUUUCAGCAAUUUGCUUUACAUAUCACAUCAUGUCUAACUAGUUGUUUUUAGUGUGGAAAUACAUAUUUACACUUGGAUUUUUUUAAUAUGUUCAUAUAUAACUUGUUUUACUACAGUGACUGUAACAGAUACAUUCUACAAAUUGUUGAGCAAGUUAACACUCACUUUUUUUGUUAAAAGGGCUCCUUUAUCAGUGACUCCACAUGUUACAGCAUAGCUAGAAUUUGGGUUUGAAUACAGUUUAUGCUUUUUUCCUCUAGCACAGAUUACACUUUAAGCAUUUCAAGCCAUCAGAAAGCAUUUCUAUUGACAUGAGGUAACAUACUGGACAUCACAGUCAACAAUCUUUCACCAACUACAUUUUAAGCCAUUCAGGAAAACAUAACAAUGUUGUUUCUAUAUUUGUUUCAUUCAAGAACAACCAAAAUAGUGAGAAAGUGAACAAAACAUUAUUCUGCUGUUUAGCUUCCUGAACUGUGAGUGAUGUCAUUACAGUCAGGAAGACUACUCCAAAUAUACAAAGUUUAUUGCAUUUUUAAACUUUUGCAGGAUGGGAAACAAAGAUCACAUUUUAAUUCAUUGAAUAUUGUGUUACACCAAUUACUUUAAAAGUACAUUUCACUUAGAUUAUAUGCAUUAAUGUUCAUUACAGGUUGUACUGAAAAUUGGUCGUGAUAAGAGGAAAUAACAAUCUGAUUUCAUGUCAGUGUGACGUGUGUGUUUAAACUUGAACUGCACCAGGGUAGGUCAGUAUCAAGUGUAACAUAAACAAGUGUAUAAAUAAAGCAUUUGGAUCUGUGAAAUUUACCCUUGGUCACACCAGAUAGAUUUUUAAACUGUCAGAAAUAUAGCACAAAUGUAAGCAGAUCAUUUCCUGAAGUUUCUAUACUGAUUUCUGAUACAGAAUAAUUUUCAAAUAUUAUUCUUCCAUAAUUUUCAAUUAUUACACAUGAAGAAUAUAACUAUGUUAGUUGUUGGCAUAAGAAGGGUUUAAAAAGAAGAAAACUGUUUUCAGUAUUUUUACAUACAUUAUUUCGUCACAUGUAGUGCCAUUGUAGUGAAUUAUACUCUUUGGGGAUUAAAAUGUUGCUCAGUGCAAGUAAAGGUAAUUAAAUGGGCAUGCCAAGUAAAAAAAAUAUACAUUGGCUGUCAAAUUACUCUCAUUAAACAACAGAUCCAGGUCAUAUUCAAAACUAUUAGAGAUUUGUUGUUGACUUUACUUGUUCUCAUGCAGCCAAAUUAUGUUUGCAGUAAAGGACACUGAAAUAUGAAAUAUGCAAGUAGACAAAUAGUACUGGAAGAAUUCUAGCGAGGCUCUUCCAGGUUUUGUGUCAGUAUUUUCUCCAGUUUUUGAGAAUGUGUUUGAUAUAACAGUGUUUAUAAAGUUCUGUAAAAAUACAUUUUCAAAAUAUCAUAAACAUGCUUUUUACGACACUGCUCAACAUCAAAAACCUGCGUAUUUUAUGUAUAAAGGAGAGGAAUCUUUUUUGCUUAUUUCUUCUGAAAGCUGAUUAACUGCUUAAGGGCUAGAAUCUGCCAGCCACAUUCAAGCAGACCUAAUCCAGAGCCACAAAGACAAAGAAAAUAUGCCCACAAGCUUCAAUGGUUUGGAAGUGUAAUCAUGGAACAAAACUCUUCCUGUAAGACCACACAGCGAUACCAAUGGGCCUAUGGAUAAAAGGAAGCAUGGUUUGAUCUAACAGAGGCUGGGAGAGUUUAAGUCAGGACCAUACUACCAGAGUUCCUACAAUUUCUAGUAAGGAAUCUUUACACCUAAAGUGAUAGCAUGGAAGAAAGUGAGACAGCUUAUAACUAACAAAAAAGUCAAGGUUUUGUUUAUUGGCCCAUAUUAGCUCGACAAAUGAGAUGACAAGAGUCAUCUGUCUCCAAUGGACAAAAAUUCUGACAUCAGGAGAAAAAAAAAAUCCACUUUUUUGAAUUAAUCAUGAGCUGUGGCCAUCCUUCAUUUUGCAUUCAACAAUUUGUCAUCAUUUUUUUUUGACAAGUUUCUAUAGCGGUUUGAGGGUUAAUAUUUCUACCUGCUAAAUGACAGCUGUUGUUGGGGAUAAAGGGUAGAAAUAAGAAAGGGAAGCAAAGGCAUUUUUAUUAAAUCUAAAAAAACCUGUAAAUAGAUUUUUGUUUCUCAUUUAAAGGAAUGUUUAGCUUGGAAAGUUGAGUAAAGAAAACUUGUAACACAUUUGUAAACCAGAAAAGUCUGGUGCGAAUGUAGACGUGUACCGACAUGAGAAAUUCUGCUGUUUUAUAAAGUAUUCAAUUAUCAUUGUGAAUAUCUUGAACUCUGUUAAGGAUACUGUACUGUAUUAAAAAUGUAAAAAAAAAAAAAAGAUGUUUGUCUAAGUAGCAUACAAAAAUAGGAACUCCUUGAAUAGGAGGCUAUCCAUGUCUGGAGAUCUGUCGUAACUAAAUUCUUGAUUUGUUAUGGUGUUGUAACUUAAUAGAAACUAUUAGAGAGGAAGCAUGGUGUAUGAGAUUUUGUAAGUUAUUUGUGCUGGUUCUGUAUGUUGUGCCAUGUGUGUAAGACAAGAAUAAACUGCUGCUUUUGUUCAUCCCAUCCAAAAAAA